AGGGUUCCAGAUUUUAUGAAAAUGAACUUAAAAAAGAUCAACAAGUUAACCAACGAAUUGAAAAAAUGAUGCAGCUAAAAGAGAAAAUUACAGCACAACAGCUCUUGAAAGCACAGUGGCAGUGGGAUGAGAGGGAUCACAGUUGUCAACUCUUCUGGAUAUAAAUUAUUCCUUAUUUAUGAUAUUUAAUGAAAAAAAUCAUCAUGGCAAGCAGUCACAAGAAGUACAAGUGUCCUGAACAAGAAAGAUGAAGAGGCAAUUUGUCUUCUCAAACGCUAAAUAAUAGUAUCCAAAGUAUUAUUGCGUAUGAAAGGUGGCUAAAAGAACGGCACCGAGGCUGCACAGUAAACAUUAAAUGCAACAGAAUUAAAGUUGCUUGUGGGAGCUUAAUUACUUUUCUUUUUCUUUUGUGCUGUGUUUCAGUCUUUUAAUUACAUGACCGAUUGCUCUUUUUCCCUAAUAGAUUUCCUGCUUCAUUCAGCGCACAGUGCAGACAGUGUUCACUGAAUGGGCAAUUAUUCAGUACUUACUGUUGUCCUCAUUGUUCAGUGGGUGGCCCCAAGCUUUAUUUGUUGUACAGAGGUCUAAUCCAGCUUUGAAUGCAGAAUUACAGACUUCCUCAUAGCCUUUUCUAGGUCGUAUACCACUUGGUGUGAAUUCUUUAAAUUAUUCUUGCAAUACUUCAGCAAAGUGAUAUUUUUGUUUUGUAGAUUGGGAGCUGAAGCACAUGAAGAUAAACAAACACAUCCAUUAAUUUUCAAUGCUAUUGUGAGGGCUAUAGAUCCUGAGCUUUGGUGUGCAACCUCUUUUUGUUCAUUGCAGAUUUGCAAAUCACUUCGGUAAAUUAUAUGCCAGUGUCUCAAAUUUGUGCCCAGAAAAGCUUGCAAUUACCGAGUACCUCUGAAAAGUUUGUUAUAAACCUGUGUGCCUCAACUGCUUUUAGUUAGUUGUUAACAUGAUUUAGUUAUAUCUCUGCUUGUCUGGUUUUGGGUUUUUUUAGUUUUCUAAAGGGUAGCUUUUAUGUAAUUUAAUUAUUAAAAAAUACUUCCAUUUCUAUUAUUUCUUCACCACGGAACUUUACAUUUUACAGAGAACAGUCUUGUUAUGAAUGACAUGAGUGAAUUACAUCCUAUAAUCCUAUAUAUAUAUAUAUAUAUGAUUAUUUCCUAUAAUUAUAUCCUAUAAUCCUUUUAUAGAUCCUAUAAAAUUAGUGUAUGGUUAUGUAAUUAAAGAACAUAUAGUGCAUAUCAUGAAAUAGUAAUUUUAAUUGCUUUGACUACCCUCAUGCUGUCUUUUUCUGAACUUGAUUCUUUGAUCUUUUCUUUGCGUGAAAAUUGCUUUCUAUAGAAGAAAAAAGAAACUUAAGUAGCAGUUGUUACUAUUUCCAAUGGAGUAACUGUUAAGUCAGCUGACACUGCGUGAGAACUGUCAUUAGAGGGAGAUAACAUGCACACUUUUUUGCUAGCUUAUUUUAGGUCUUUGCUGCUAUAAAAACUUCUCAGAAUCUUGGAUUUUGGUUCUACCCUUUGUAUGCAGAUAAGCUCUGGUUCAUGGUUGUUGUUGCCCUCAUUUCUUCAUCACAAGUUUUGACUCUUUUACUCUGUCCUCUCCGUUCUUAUGACUGAUUCUAUCCUGAAUUUUCCUUUUCUUGUCCCGCAUCCCCGGAUCACCAUCAGCCUUCUUUCCAAAGCAGUCCUUGUCUGUGCCCUCAGAGUCCCCGUUGAAGUCCCACAUCUCCUGGCCCAGCCAGUCUUUUUCUGCCUGUGUCUGAUAUUCUAAAUGUCUCCCCCUUUUCCUGUCACUUACUUGCCAGCUACUCUUCCCAGACCAUUAUCUGCUUUGGAAGUCUUGUUUGUCCUGUUCAGUGUUCUUAGUAUGUGCAGUGUGUUGUUUAAUAAGUUCCUCUAGGCCUUCGGAUAUGGAUAUGGUCAGCUCUCGUUAUCUUCUUUCUUCCUUUAUCAUUGUGGUCUAUCAAGUUCUUUAACUUUUUAGUACUACCUUCUGAUACAGUAUGAGAGAAUUUGUUCUGAAAUUUAUAAGUGGGAGGUACUCCAGAAUUACAAAGAUAGCCAUUUAUCUACUUCUGUGAAUGCUGCAAGUUCUCAUCUGCAGAUCAAUUUUUGUUUGUAGGAUGGUUAGAAGCUCAGAUACGGCUUCCUAAGCUGGCAGUUGAUGUAAGUGCUGCAAUGUAAAAACAAACAAAAAGGUCCCCACUUACUGGAUUUCAUGGACAAAACCCUGGUUUCAUGGUGGAAACAGUAAUAUAAAUAAAAUGCAGAAUCUGCAAUGUAAUGCUGUCUUUCUCACUGCUAGAGUGUGUGUAUGCCAAGGAAUUAGUGAGGGUUUUUGUCAUAUUUUUGCAGUUUUCCUUAGAGGGCUUUUUUUGCAGAAACGCAUUUAGCAGUAUGGAUUUUGCAAAUAUGGGAGAUUAAAAGGUACUUGUAAAUUUUCUUAAAACUGCUAUUUCUGUGUACAAAUAUUUCUUUGGUUGUUUGCUUGGGGGUUUUGUUAUAUUUAAAAAAUACUUCUAAAUGUGCAAGAUAGUUUUAACUUUUUCCUAAUGAAUGUCAUUGUUGUCAUUUAAGGGAAUUUAUAUACUGUACAGUAUCAUGUAAUACUUAAUUUUUGAAAACUUUUGUGUAACAGAGUUAGACUAUACUAACAACCUAGAGUGGAAUUACCUGAAAAUGAUCAGUAGUUAAUAAUACUUUAAAAUUAUCCAGCUGCUACCAGAUUUGCAAGCUGCUGUACUGAUGUUUGCUAUUUUUAUUGAUGUGGGUUUUAUCCCAGGCUUUUAUUCUGUAAAUAGUUACUAUUGUGUUAAAAUAGUAUCACUGUUUGUUAUCUCUUCAUCUUGUCAGAUGCUUUUACAAAUAUAAAAGAUUUUGAAUAAUCUUAUCUGUCUUACUUUGGCAAAGCAAUUUAAGGUAGAAAAUUUGAAUUUUGCAUCGUGGAAUAAGAAAGAAAAAAGUUUUACCCUUUACAUUGUUUGAAAGUCAUGAUAAGCAAAAUUAAACUUCUGAUUACAAUUUGUACUUUUUAGGGUGUUUUUUUAAAAACUUUUAGAGAUAAACUUAGUAUCUCUUUUUAUCUUCAAAGGAAAAUUGAAAGCAGCUUUUUAAAACUUGUCACCCUGGCUUGCCUCUAAGGAACUAUUCCAUAACUUUCCAUGUGUUACUAAGGAAACACGUGUGGACAAACUUGUGAUGGAACUAGAACAGAGCCGUAACCUGAGCAGUACGAUUGUACACAUUGACAUGGAUGCCUUCUACGCAGCUGUGGAAAUAAGAGACAAUCCAGAGCUGAAGGAAAAGCCUAUAGCAGUGGGAUCAAUGAGUAUGUUGUCCACCUCAAAUUACCACGCUAGGAGAUUUGGUGUACGUGCAGCCAUGCCUGGAUUUAUUGCUAAAAAGCUAUGUCCACAUCUAACUAUAGUACCAUUAAACUUCGAAAAAUACAGCAAAGUGAGUAAAGAGGUUAGAGAAAUACUGGCUGAAUAUGAUCCCAAUUUUAUGCCUGUGGGUCUAGAUGAAGCCUACCUGAACAUAGCAGAGCACUUGGAGGAAAGGCUGAACUGGCCUGAAGAGAAGAGAAGAUUCUUUUUUAAUACAGAAAGCACUGCAGAAAAAGAUAAAGCUGAUAUAAACAUGUCUGCAAAAUUUAAUGAAGAUGGCUACUCCGCUUCACCAGUACUGUUUGAAGAUAACGCACCUCUCAUGAAUGACCACGCUGAAAAAAAAGAUGAGUUGGUGCAAAAUUCAGUUGUCUUUGGAACUAAUGCAGAGGAAGCAGUGAAGGAAAUUCGCUUUAGGAUUGAGCAGAAAACUCAACUGACUGCUAGUGCAGGCAUAGCACCGAAUACAAUGUUAGCAAAAAUGUGCAGUGAUCGUAAUAAACCUAAUGGGCAAUACAGAAUUGAUCCCAAGAGACACGCAGUGCUAGACUUCCUAAAAGAUUUGCCUAUUAGAAAGGUACCAGGUAUAGGAAAAGUAACAGAGAAGAUGUUAAAAGCCCUUGGAAUUGUGACUUGCUCAGAACUUUAUCAGCAGAGGGCACUACUUUCUCUUCUUUUUUCAGAAGCAUCUUGGCGUAAUUUCUUGGAUAUUUCCCUUGGUUUGGGUUCAACACAUUUGGAAAAGGAUGGAGAAAGAAAAAGUAUGAGCACUGAAAGAACAUUCAGUGAAAUAAAUGCAGCAGAAGACCAGUACAGCUUGUGUCGAGAACUCUGCAGAGAUCUUGCUCAAGAGCUACAGAAAGAAGGACUUAAGGGUAAAACUGUUACCUUGAAGCUAAAGAAUGUGAACUUUGAAGUAAAAACAAGAGCUUCAACUGUCCUGUCUUCUGUUUCUACUGAGGAGGAAAUAUUUGCUGUUGCUAAAGACUUGUUAGGAACAGAAAUUGAUAGAGUUGCUCCUCACCCUUUACGGAUAAGACUUAUGGGUGUACGAGUAUCAGGUUUUCUAAGUGAAGAAGAGAAGAAGUACCAGCAAAAAAGCAUUACAAGUUUCUUAAAGUCAGGAAAAGAAAUAGGUUUUCUUAGGCUUCAGUCAAGGAAUUCCAACCAAGAAUAUUUCAGAAAAAAAUCAGAAGCAUCUUUCAGAGGAAGUUUUUUUGAUAAAAAACGAGCUGCAAGGCAACUAAACAGUGAGAAUCUUUCUCCAAAUGAAACUGUAAGUAAGUUGCUCUUUCAUGACAGGAAGUCAUCAGCAAAUUUUGUGGAAGAAACAAAAGAAGUCACAGACCUCCAGGAUUCUAAUGUGUGUAAGAUCUUCACCUGUCCUGUUUGCUUUGAGGAACAAAGCAGCAAUAAUUUGGAAGAGCUUAACAGGCAUAUUGAUGAGUGCCUCAAUGGGAAUCUUGAUACCGUGGAAAUAUCCAAGUAUGACAGUUCAAGAGAAAAUACACCUAACUUUCUUCCACAAUGUAAAAAUGAAAAUGUUGAUGAAUGUAAACCAAAUAGAACAGAUCAAUUAGCAGGAAGAGACCAGUCUGCAAGUACAUCAGACAACCCUACUAGCAAUAGCACAGAAAAAUCCGCUCAGAUAAUAUCUGAUAAACCUCACAGAGAAAGACAGCCUAGCAAUCUCUGUGAUAUUGGUAGCAAUGUGUGUAUGAAGCAGUGUCUCUACCCCAAAAGAAUUUCACAAGACAAUGAAGACCAUUUUGAGAAGACUGAACAUACAGAAGAAACUAGUUCAUCCUAUUUCUUUGAAGCCAAAGAUGACAGUGUUCUUGUUUGUCCAGUUUGUAAUUCAGAACAGAAAACAACGAGUCUUUUGUCAUUUAACAGACAUGUGGAUAUCUGCUUAAAUGAAGGCCUUGUCCAGGAGCUGAAAGAAAAGAAUUAUUUUCCUAGUAAGACAUACCAUAUGGAAAACUCAAACAGAAUUGGAGGUUUAAGCAGAGGACAGCAACGCACAAAUCCAUCACAAGGAACAAAAAGGUCUGGACUAACAGCUUCACAGUCAGUAUCAAAAAAGGCCAAGUUGAGCAAUUCCAAGCAUACAAUUGAAAUGUUUUUUAAAUGACUGUGUAGCAAUAUAUUCUAUAUGAAGUAUUUCAUAGUGUUUUAUGACUGCAAAUUAAUUUAGCAUUGGUGGUAGGCUAGAUUCAGGCCUGUCACUUUGGAGCCAUUGCAUGCCUGUGUAAAAAGAACAUGAUGUUUGAGGCAGAGGAAGAGGUACAACUGAGGUAAUUCUUUUUUGAGAAUAAUACCUUUCCCCCAAUUUUUUCAAAGAAUCAAAAUUCACUAGCACUUCAACUGUUUUUUAUAUUGAACAUGUGGAACUCUGUUAGAGUCACAAGCAGCCUCCUGAAUUCUCUCUGCUGUUCAACAAAGAGAACAGGGAGAUUAGAGCUGCCGUUGAGCAAGUCUGUAGGGCAAGCUCCCUACAAAGCAGGAAUCAUUAGCUGAGGUGCCAUGCUGCACUUACUGAAGGCCCUCUUCCCAUACCUAACCUGCUGUUGUCUUUGUGGUCAUAUUGGCCGUGGUAACCAUAGUAGCUUAGGCUGACACUUCAUUGAACAAUUCAACACCAAGUUUAACUGUAGUAUUAGCUGUGUGAUAACAAAGAGCUGAGCUGCUUGAUUUCAGCUUACAAAUGUCUGUCUUCUCAAUGGACGCAGAAGUUGAUGGGUCUUGCAGUUUCAAAGGAAAAGAGCAAGAAUUUAGUUUGCUGUUAAGCUUUCAUUCUUGUGACAGAAAAUGACUUCAGUAAGAGUUGAUGGAGCAGCCAUGAAGGACUCAUUGUGUUGGGACAGAGGAUGACUUCACUGAUUUAAAAAAUGUUAAUAAACCUGUUGAUGAGGGAGGGAUUCCUCCAGGUUAGUCAGACAAAUGCUGUUAGAUCCUUGGCCUUUCCAGACAGACUGGGAACUUAAAUUUUCUUUGCAAUUGUGAAAUUGUUACUAGUCAGUAGCACAAAAUUUACUCUAAAUAAAAGGUCUCAUGGUGCAAUAAUAAUAUGAAUGAUGUGCAAAUAUGCAAGAUUCUAAACCUUCUUAUUGUUUAGCUAUCUUGCUCUUUAAAAUUAUUUUGUAUUUCUGCAUAAAUGCUAUUUUAUGAGGGCAGAGUGCAUAUGUGGAAGGAGGAAGUUAUAAAGGGCAAAUAUUUAAAAUACUCUGUUUAUAUUUUUUCUGUUCACACCAAGUUGCUUAAAGGUAGUCAUUCUAAUUGAAUAUUUAUCAGGCAAAUAAUUUAUGAUGACAGCAUAUCUCUUAUAAGUUACACAGUAUCAAACCCUGUAUGAAAUAUAAACUGCUUUUUAAUUGCAAAGUCUUUAAAAGAAGUGGCUACUAUAGAAGCAUCUGUUUUGUUAUUUAACUGUACUGGAAGUACUUCAGGGUUUGCUUGUUUUUUAACAAACAAAUAUAUAUUUGGUAUGUUUUAGAUGCCCAGGCUAAGUCCAGGAUGUGCUUUUUUGUUCCCUAACUUGCUGGAAUGAUUUUACCAUCUCUACCUGCUCAUCUGUUUGUUUGCCAGAUGCCACUGUACCCCCAGCUCUGUCACGUGAAUUCAUGUCAGUGCUUCCUUAUCUGCUUUGGACUGAAUCAGCUGGACUAGUUCAGCCUGUCUAAGCUGAUGCAGUUGACUUUUUCUAAACCAGGACAUUCAGCAUGAGCUGUUCUGUUGACAGAGGUGGGAGCUGGAAACUUUUGGUAGGAAAGACAUAAAAGCAACUCAAGGAACUUAAGCUGCCAGUGCUGUUUAGAAAGUGAACACCUGUCCCUUUAAUAGUUCAUAUUUGUCUGAUUAAAUAAAGUGUAGAAUCUUAAGUA